AUGGACAAGGAUGAUGAUCCCAUAGCCAUGUACGAAAGCAUUUUUUGGUAUCGUCACAAAGUGACUCAUCGCAAAACCAUUCACAUGGCUUACCCAUAUUAUUCUCCACCCCCACCUGCCAUGCCACCACCACCGCCUCCACCACCAACUGUAUGUAAUGAUACCAUGCCGCCACCACCAUCACCACCUUGUCAAUGUGUUCAACCACCUCCGACUGCUUCGCCACCAACCCCUACUAGUGGCCCAGUAACACCAAUUUCAAUACCACCCCCACCAGCUCCUGUAUCACCAAAUCCUGGUGGUCCUUAUUUGCCCCCACCAGUCGUGCCACCGUAUAAUUCGCCACCACAACCAGAAACUCCUCCUGAUGGCCCAGUCAUUGCACCGGAAACACGUACUUCACCACCAUUAACACCACCACUUCCUGGUGCACCGCCAGGUUACUGGCCACCAUCAUCACAUGCUGCACCACCUCUCAGUACUAUCCCGCCAUCCUCUGGAUCACCCACACCAUACAAUUCUCUUCCACCAUCAUCAAACAUACUGGUUCCGCCGCCCUCAGGCGGUGGCAGCCACACGGCUGUCAUCGCCGCGUGCGUCUCGCUAGGUGGUCUUUUCUUCCUCGCAUUUCUUGCAGUUGGUCUCUUCUGCUUGGCUAAGAAAAAGAAGAAGCAGGUUAUGAUUCCGGCAGCUGCUUAUGUUCCGGGAUAUGAAGAAGAAAGAACAGAGCCAUACGCUGUGGAAAUCGUGCAAACUCAUGAAGGUGUACGUUUAGGUGGAGGUGGUGGCGGAUUUUCCGCGGGAGCCACUGCUAGCUCCCCUUCUCCGCCGCAUGUCUCUAGGCCUCCCACCGCCACUCGUCCAAGCUAUCAGCAAUAUGGAUAG